CAAAAAAAACCACAAUGGAGAAACAUCCCAUGUGUGUAAGGAAUGUGGGAAGGCUUUCAGCCAGCUUUUAAAACUGAGGACACAUCAGAAAGUUCAUACUGGAAAAAUGCAUUACAGUUGCAGUGAAUGUGGGAAAGCCUUCACCGGAAACACUCACUUGUUCAGCACCAGAGAGUUCACACUGGAGAACGGCCUUAUGGAUGUGGCUAGCGCGGAAGGCCUUCACUCGCAGCUUCCAUGUUUUUCGGCACCAGAAAGUUCACAACACAGAAAGACCUUAUGAGUGUAGACAGUGCCGGCGAGUCUUUAGCUGUGUUGCCGAUUUUGUUGAGCACGAGAAAAUACACACGGGGGAAAGGCCUUAUGAGUGCAAAGAAUGUGGGAAAGCCUUCAUUAACAGCUCUCAUCUUGUUCGGCAGCAGAAAGUUCACAACACAGAAACGCCUUUUGAGUGCAGUGAAUGUGGAAACGCUUUCUGGCAAACCUCCAAACUUAUUCUGCACCAAAGGAGUCAUAAUGGAGAAAGACCUUAUAAAUGCAACCAAUGUGGGAAAGCCUUCAGUUGCCCCUCCAACCUUGUUCCACACCAGCGAAUUCACACUGGAGAAAAGCCUUAUGAGUGUUUGGAAUGUGGGAAAGCCUUCAGUCAAAGCUCUGCCUUCAUUCAGCACGAGAAGGUUCACACUAGAGAAAGGCCUUAUAAGUGUAGUGAAUGUGGAAAAGCCUUCGGCUAUAGCUCUAACCUUGUUAAACACCAGAAAGUUCACACUGGAAAAAGGACGUAUGAGUGCAGUCAGUGUGGGAAAGCUUUCAGUGAAAGCUCCAUCCUCAGUCAGCACCAGAGAGUUCACACUGGAGAAAAGCCUUACGAGUGUAACAAAUGCGGAAAAGCUUUCCGCUACAGCUCAAACCUCUCUAAACACCAGAAGGGUCAUAUUGGAAAAGAGCCUUUGGAGUGCAGUGGACAUAGGAAAGCCUUCAGCCAGAGCGCUAGCCUCACUCAGUACCAGAAAGGUCACACCAAAGAAAACACUUAGGAGUGUGGCAAAUGUGGAAAACCACUAACUAGCUGGGGCUUUCACCUUGCUCACCUUAAAAGGAUUCACGCCUAAGAAAACUUCUGUGAUGGGGCACCUGGGUGGCGCAGUCGGUUAAGCGUCCGACUUCAGCCAGGUCACGAUCUCGCGGUCCGUGAGUUCGAGCCCCGCAUCGGGCUCUGGGCUGAUGGCUCGGAGCCUGGAGCCUGUU